AUGGCGGAUAGAUUUGAUGAGCAUUUCUUUUUAAUCGCAAAAGAAACAGGAGGAAUCGAAGGGUUGUUAAAUUCGUUAUUCAGUUUUCUAUUGCGAAGGACAGAUUAUUAUUAUGAAUGUGAUCCUGGAGAUAAGAUGGGAUUUCCACCUGGAGUGGCCUUGAAUAUGUUAGGAAACAUAUUUAAAAAAUAUUAAGAUGAACACUAUAAAGUACAUAAAAAGAAGUCUGCCUAAGAAUAUAAGGAGAAGUUGGAAAUUUAUUAAAAAAAGUAGAAGGAACUGUAAGAGAAGUAAAAAGAAUAGGAAGAAUUAAAGAAAGAAGCAUAAAAUCAGCAAAAGCAACAAAAGUAGGUUCAAUCGUGUGAGAAUAAAGAACAAUAGGAGGUUUCGAUUAAAUAAGAGCAAAACCAAUAAAAGAAUGAGAGUUUUACUCACAAACAAAAAAUAGAUCCAUACAUUAAUACUUAUAAUGGAGGAGAGACAGAAAAAUAUUCUUGGAGUUAAUCUGGCAAUGAUGUGGUAGUAACAAUGAAAGUUCCAGAAGGAUCUAACAAAAAAAAUAUCAAGGUGCUUAUUACGGCAAACACAUUAACAGUGAAGGUGAAGGAUAAUGUGGUUGUGGAUGGAAAAUUAUACGACAAAGUAAAAUGUGAUGAGUCAGUAUGGUCUAUAGAGGAGAAUCUAUUGACCAUCACUUUGGAGAAAGGGUAAGAGAACAUUUGGAAAACUGUUAUUCAAGGGGAUUAAGAAAUAGAUGCAACGAAGGUUGAGAAUACAAAACCUUUAGAUGAUUUUGAUUCUGAAACUCAAGGGGCAAUCAGAAAGAUUAUGUACGAUUAACAAAGGAAAUAGCAAGGAUUGCCAACUACUGAGGAGGAGUAACAAUUAGAGAUGUUAAAGAAAGCUUGGGAUGCUGAGGGCAGUCCAUUCAAGGGUUAGCCUUUUGACCCGAGCAAAUUCAAUCUUAGCAAUGGUUAAAUAUAGUUCUGAGAUAUUAUAGAUAUUAUAUUAUGUUGAUAUAUAAUUAUAUAUAUAUAUAUAAAAA